AGAAAUACACACCUGAUGCCGCAUGUUGAGACGGUAUUAGAUCAUUGUGAAAAGUUAGGCUUUUUGAACGUUUCAUUUGAUAUGAAAGUUAUGGCUAUUGCCAUGAAUGACAUUCUAGGCUACUCCUACACACAGAGUAAGUUCAUAGAUCUAGCAGAACAGAAGCUGGCAAAAAGCGUUGAGAUGAUGUACAAGGUACUCAACAUAGAAGAAAAAGAUUUGGACCGUCGUAUAAAGAAAAAGCUUAAAGAUAGGAACAAAGUCAAGAUCUUUGCUGAUGAGAAAGCUGAGUUCAUAUAUGACAAGCUCAAAGGUUUAGGGGAUACCUUGGUCGACAAACUUGUACUUAACACAGUCCUCAACACAGCUGAUGUGAAACUCAUGAAAUCAAAAGUCAAAAAACUCCCAGCCUUAUUGUCGCAAAACAGAACCAACGAGAAAAUAUACAAUUCACUUGUAAAUAAAAAACUGGCGAUACCACAAGAGGUUAUGAAAUCUGCAUAUCUACCUGAACUUUUCGCGUCUGUUUUAUACAGUCAUGGACGCAUGUAUUUCUACAAGUCCGAACGCCCGAAGAGUAAAACAAAUACAUUCAUAUCUAAUAUACAUCUUGCGUCCGCCUUGUGUAAAAAAAUCGAGAAGGAAACGACUUAUGUAGUCCUACACAGCAUAUUAACGCAACGUAAUGGCCUGGUGUAUCUUUACUCUGAGGAAACUGACGAGUUCGGUGAGGAAAAAGAUAACAAGACGAAACUAAAGGAUCUUUAUAAAGGCAAGGGUGAAUACGAAGAGCUGAGUAAGCGGACUGAUAAAGAGGAAUGGUUUCAACAUGGAAUUCUUAAGGUUACUAAAAAUGAUCCGUUUCACAAGUGUAAGUGCUUGGAAAAGGGCAUCUAUAUAUGUACAGAAAUCUUGAAGUUGGAGCAUGAGAAAGAAAAACGUGAAACGAUAAUCAAAGAAGGGACAGUAAAGAUAGAAGAGUUCAUGAAGAUACUUAAGGAAGAAGAAACGGAAUCGAAGCUGCAUAAAGCAGCAGACUUUUUCGUUGUCACUGCAGAGUUCUACGCAGAAGCUAAAUGUUUUGAGGAUGCAUCUAAAGUGUACAAAGAAGCAAUUGAACGAUGCAAGACAUCAGACAUACUUAGCGAUGCUGAGUGGAAGCAAUAUGGUAAAUGGUGCCUGGGUUUAAUGCGUGUUGCAAAACAAAAAAAUACAAAGAAAGCGGUAUCCGAAGCAGAGGAAGUUGUUGAGGAUUUUUGCAAAAACGCCCCGAAAGAAUUAGUCGAGAAACUCGGGAUGAGGAAAUAGAUGCACCAACGGUAACCCUAAGCUGAUGACCAUAUUCUUUUUUUCCUCCGAUGAAUUUCAAAGAUACAUUUCAAUAAGUAAAUUUUGUUGGGUAAAUACUUGGUGCUUUCUCCUCUUCUAAGUAUUUAUAUUAUGUUCCGACCAUAAUUAUUUUGUCAUUUAUCAGGUAUUCGUUUUUUAGUUUAUAAACAAUAAUUUAUAAAAUACUGUUCCUGGUCACCCAUGGUGAUGGUGUUAAACCACCAAUAUGAAAAGAAUAAUGGCAGAUCGGCGAUUACAAUUGGUGCGUGAAAUGGCGUGUUUUAUUGCAUUAUCCAUGCAUGUGUAUAUUUCAGGGAUGGAGAGGUUAAUGAACUUACGUAUUUCCUAUAGUCUGGCGGUAAAAGAUAUCAUGGAGAAAUCUCGUUGUACACUACAGGCCGAUUUUCUACCUCUUGUGGAUAUUGACUCCUUACCUAACCAUGCAUGGUUUUGUUACAAUGGGGUUAUAUUAACAAUUGCAAUAAUAAAUUAAUAUUCUCGACGGUGUUCUUCAACAAAGGGUGAAGAACUUCACAGAGUAGUAAAUCCCAACGAAUAAAGUAUUUAUGAAACUCUAUGUAUCACAAUAUAAUAUAAUCUACUCUACCCUUCUUCAAAUAAUAAAACAGACAUUUGAGAUAUAUCGGGUCCAAAAAAUGAAUCGCUUUUGACAAGUAUUUUCUCGGCAAUUGAUAAAUCACAUUCACUGAAAAUUUGUAAAAAGUAGCCCAGGAGUAUAAUUGGCAAGUUGUACAAAUAUUAAUGAGCUAAAAAGGUCAAGUAAAUGUUGGGAGUACUAAGAAAUUCAAAAUAGCAUGUCAAAAAGCCAUACCGGAGCUCUAUAGAUGAGACCUCCAUAGUGUUUGUGCCAGCUAUCAGGUGAUAGUAUCUGUCAAUUAGUCAAAAUAGCGUGUCUGUGUGUCAUGUCUAAUUGAUUUGUUUCAUUGUUCCAAAAUAUCCAAAAUCCCUUCAUUCUCAAAAUUCAUUGGAGCUGAUAUUGUUAGAAUAAAUUAAUUAGAAUAAAAAUAUUUUUUGCUUGGAAAUGGAUUAAUAAGAAAUUGGUUAUUUUGACAUACUGUCUUUAAUUCAACAAUACUCACAUAAUAUGUAUCCAAU